AUGCCUUUGUCCGCUGUCCGGCUGAAAGGUGCCGAAGAAAAUACAGUCGAACCUACAAAAUCCCCUACUAUUCCUUUAACAAAAUACAUAGAAGAAGAAAUUCCUGAUAUAUCUGAAGAAUCUAAACAGAAGAUAGGGAAGAAAUUAUUAGAAACUCGUGUUCUGGAAGAGUCUUUAAAAGAAACUUAUAAUGACAGUAAAUCAAACGAAGAAAAAAACAUUUUAAAGAAACUUCUUGUCAGCAGUAUUAAAAACGUAGAAAAUCCUCAAAAUAUACAACUAGUUCCUAACACUAUGAAAAUCCAUCAGAUCAUUGCUACAGGCGAUAAACGUGUUAUCAACAGACCAUUGAGUUGUUUUUGCGCAAGAGGAGCCUGUGAUAGUUUUUCGCCUAAAGCUCAUAAUUUUGAACAAAAACCAAUGAAAGUUUCCUGUAAGAAACUAGACUCCAGAACUAAAAAAAAUAAGAUAUAUAAGGAGAUGAAAUCAAGUAAAAGAGUUAGAAAGAUAAAUAAGGAAUCAGACACAACUUCUGAAGAUACUGAUACUAAUGAGAUUCAAUACGCCGAUACUGACGAUGAUUACACAAUUUUUGAUGACGAGAUAACUAUAGGAGAAAUAGAGACAGAAAUAGUGAGCGAGACAAACCGAAACAAUAAAGUGAAAGUUUUAUCUGAGGUACGAUUUACACCUGAAGAUCAAGGUUAUUUUAACUUAAGUAAUUACGGGCCACUAACGCUUACCCCAAUAGACUGUACCAAUUUUAAUUUGUGUUCUCAAAAUGAGAAAGAAAAUAUCUCUAUACAUGCUAAUCCGGAUUCAUGUAGUUCAAAAGAUAAAGACACAGUGUGCCUGAACUAUAUAAAAUAA